GCUCUUCCCUCCAGUUUCAACUUAAGCGGUCAAUACAGCUCUUAAUGGGACAGUGUUCUUACUCGCUUUGCACUUAUUCACAUUAUAAUAUAGCUCUGGACGUAGCAACACUUUGAGGCAAUUUGAAUCAUGGAUUUUUGUUACUUGAGUAACAUAAAUGCAUGAUAUAUAGACUUGUUUUUGCAGGAAGUCUUUGUUGGAGUGUGUAGAAAGGCCAAAGAUUGUAUAUUUCCCUUCAGCCAUUUCUUAAGCUGAAGAGACAACGCACAGCUGCGGGGGGCAUGCGGGUUGAUGAAUGUUAAGGAGAAACUGUCAAAGGGAGUUGAUUUUGUGCCUUCGUGUUUUUGAAAGCAGUGACACAAUUCCAGUUUUCCAAGUGAGCUUUACCGUUUCUCACGACGAGGUUUCACCGAAGGCCCCUCAGCAAAAUGGCGUCAGAGUGCUCCAGUUAUCAAACUGGAUAAAUGGUGUCACCCACCAGUGCUGUGGCCUCAGCACACGUAGCCUUCGACGCGUUGCGAAGCAUCUCUCUGACUCGGCCCAUUGUGCUGUAGAGGCACGGUGAAUAGUGUUCUCCAGCAUGGGGAGAACAAUAUGUGAUUGUUCCCCCUGCUGUGGUGAAGAAGCUGUAGGUUACUCUCUGUACCAUCGCCAACGCGCCUGAGGAGGAGAUGUACCGCACAAUCUCUGUCUGCUAACCAGCGAGUCUUGUAGGUUUAGAGCUCUGCGGUGCUGUUUUCCUUUUAGCUGUCGGAGCCGGUGGGAGAGGGGGGGGGGGCACUCACCCCUUUUUGGUGGAGAGGGGCUUUUGUUUUACUGGAGUGCUUUUCUACGGUUUUAUAUGAAUGCAUUGAUGGCCUCCGGGUGGAAAAACAACUAUUCAUACUGAGGUGUGGAGCUGGAUAUCAGAAGAACAAGAGCUGAAGUGUGAUUCGUCAGCAUGUCAUUUAGGUCCCUCAAGGAGUUUGGUGUUUCUGCAGAACGACUGGGCUCAAUUUGUAAGAGAUGGAUGGCUCGCGUCCAAAGCAACGGCAACGGCAGCAAGAUGAACGGGUCGCUGGAGCAAUUGGACCAGCCGGACCCAGACUCCAUCAAGAUGUUUGUGGGCCAGAUCCCGCGGGCCUGGUCAGAAACAGAACUCAAAGAGCUAUUUGAGCCCUUCGGAGCUGUGCACCAGAUCAACAUCCUCCGUGAUCGCACCCAGAAUCCACCCCAGAGCAAAGGAUGCUGUUUUGUUACUUUUUAUACAAGAAAAGCUGCGCUGGAGGCCCAGAAUGCACUGCACAACAUAAAGACUUUAAGUGGGAUGCAUCAUCCUAUCCAGAUGAAACCCGCUGACAGUGAGAAAACAAGUGCGGUAGAAGACAGAAAACUCUUCAUCGGAAUGAUUUCAAAGAAAUACGGCGAGAACGAGAUCAGGAUGAUGUUCUUGUCUUUCGGACAAAUGGAAGAGUGCCGAAUCCUCCGGGGCCCAGACGGUCAGAGCCGAGGCUGUGCAUUUGUCACAUUUUCUACCAGGGCAACGGCAACGAAUGCAAUCAAAACCAUGCAUCACUCUCAGACUAUGGAGGGCUGUUCCUCACCUCUGGUGGUGAAGUUCGCCGACACACAGCGAGAUAAGGAGCAGAGGCGCCUGCAGCAGCAGCUCGUGCAGCAGAUUCAGCAGCUCAACAGCGCCUCCACCUGGGGAAACCUGGCCGGCCUGGGGACCCUCUCACCGCAGUACCUGGCAUUGCUCCAGCAGGCCACAUCCACCAGUAACCAAGGCAGCUUCAACAACAUGCAGAGGCUAGGUGCAGGUGUGAACCCCCUUCAGCUGCAGAACUUGGCCACAUUAGCUGCUGCUGCGGCUGCAGCCCAGAGUUCUGGCAGCUCGACCUCUACCAGUGCUCUGUCUGCAAACAGCGCAGCCCUGGGAGCCCUGGCUAGUCCAAUGGGUUCAUCAGCGACCAGCAGUGCCAUGAACACCUUGGCAUCUCUGGGCACCCUGCAGGGUCUCACUGGCUCUUCUAUGGGCCUCAACCUCAACGCUCUUACCAACAGUGUUAGUGGUAUGGCGGGUAUGUCUGGUAUGUCUGGUAUGUCUGGUAUGUCUGGUAUGUCGGGUAUGUCGGGUAUGUCGGGUAUGUCGGGUAUGGCAGGUAUGGCAGGUAUGGCAGGUAUGGGGGCCAUGAAUGGAGGCCUGGGAGCCUCCAUGGCCAACGGGUCAGCAGCCAGCUCCAUGGACGCUCUGACCCAGGCCUACUCAGGGAUGCAGCAGUACACAGCCUCCGCCCUGCCCUCCCUCUACGGCCAGUCUCUGCUGCAGCAGAGCAUCGCUGGAGGGCAGAAGGAAGUAGGGCCAGAGGGCGCCAACCUGUUCAUCUACCACCUGCCCCAGGAGUUCGGCGACCAGGAUCUUCUGCAGAUGUUUAUGCCUUUUGGAAACGUGGUCUCUGCCAAAGUCUUCAUUGACAAACAGACCAAUCUGAGCAAGUGCUUUGGGUUCGUCAGCUAUGACAAUCCCGUGUCUGCCCAAGCUGCUAUCCAGGCCAUGAAUGGUUUCCAGAUCGGCAUGAAGAGGCUGAAGGUUCAGCUGAAGCGCUCCAAGAACGACAGCAAACCCUACUGAUCCUAGCCCCGGGGCCUCCCCCUCCCCCCCACCCCACCCCCCCGCCCCAGCUCUAAUGCUAACACUGCUAGGGUAAGUUCACCCUCCAGCCAGAGACUCGGUGGGGCCAAGGGGGCAAGGAGCCCACCACUGGAGGGAGACUCACUCUAUUCCUAAAAAAAAAAAAAUGGUUGCAAUGAUCUUUCCGCGUUUUACUGUACUCCAUUCCUGCGGUUUUAUCAUGUAAUUUGAGUCGGCUUAAAUAUUUUAAUGUAUAUGAUUAUUUAUGACUUAUCACUGGAGUCGGUGUUCGCUGCAGGUACUUUGUGUCACUGUAAUUAGUGGAGAGCGUCAGGUGUGUUUCCAUGCCAUUUCAUUGCCUUCAGGUCAAGCUCGACAGGUUGCCUAAGGAUCAGUAGUUGUGUUGAAGGGCUGAAGCCAGAGCUUCAACCUGUGUUUGGCUUUUUACAUGCAGUCCGUCUCCUUCCUUUCUCCAUUCUUAAUGUGAACGUCUUCUCCCCCCACCCCCACUCUCUCUCUCUGUCAUUAUCUAAGUCAUGUUGAGCUAGGCUACCUCUCUUUGCUCUAUUAACAACCUCUUCCAGUCAUUCCAUCCAUCCUCCAGGUCUCCCACUAAGGGGGGGGACUGGCUUUGGAUGGAUCUCUUUGGGUGCCAAGUAGACAGUUAGUGCAUGUCGGAGUCUCUGCCAUACUGGUGUCACUUCCUUAAAUCUGUGUAUUGUUUUUGUCGGGAAGGGGGCGGGGGGGUUGUUUACUGCACUGUCCUUACUGUAUGUGGUGAUUGGCAUUGUUUUUGUUGGUUUUUGUGCCUCAUGGCUAAACGAUUCUUGUGCUGUGCCCCUAACUUUCUCUCCUCUUUGUCUUCUCUCUCUCUCUCUCUCUCUCCCUCCCUCUCUCUGUCGCUCUUCCUUUUGUGUUUUUGUUCCUUUUUUAGAACAAAUCUCCAUGCCUGUUUGCUCAUCAUUAGCCCUAGCAUGUCUUCAUGAUGUUGAAAGCCAAGCCAAACUCCUGGCCUCAUCAUCCCACCAUUGUCUGUGAUGUCUCUCUAAGCUCGCCUGACCAAUACCUGGCCACCCACUGACCCUUGACCUUAGCUCAACCUGAUUUCUCUGCAUGUAUAUUCAUUUUGUUCGGUUUUUUUCUGUAUAGAUAUGUGACAAAUGGGAGAGAGGUCAAGCAAAUCAAUGUGAAAACUUACCUGCGUUGAAUUCAUUUAAAGAGACUUUUGUUUUGUUUUUUUUGCGACCGUUUUAAAAACCUGUGGGAUUUUUAAUUUAGCUUUGUUUUUUUUUCUUUUUACCUCUCUCAGUAAAGUUCACUUGAAAGUUGAAUACAGGGAUUGGCACACAGCUGUGCUAUUUGGUGCCAUUAGCAAUAUGUUGGCUUCUUAAAAAAACAAAAGAAAAGCUACAGACCACUUUCCAACACUUUUGAAAGUCUGACAUUAAACCCCUCAGUGCUCUGUAAUGGUCUCUACAUUUUGCGGGCAGUGUGAUGAUUUGCACCAAGGCUAUUUAAAAAAAAAAAAAAAAAAAAAAAUUUUUAAUUAAAAAAAAAAAAAUAUCCAGUGUAUUUACCUUUUCUUUUGAACUAUUGAUGGCACAAUAAAAGGUACAUUUGCUCUGUUUAGAGAAAUGGCUACCUACAUGAGUCAACUUUUUUAGAACUGAUUCACAAAUAGACAAUCUGUGGUUUAAAUGCACACUUAGAUUACCUAUAUUUUAUACCAUUGAAUCUAUAGAAGUUUAACUAACAGAACCCAGGCAAAACUUUGGGUUUUUUGUAGAUUAUGUUGUAAUGUCAUCUGUGUCGGGGGGGUCUUCAGUGUAUUACAUUUUUAAAGAGGACUAAAAAUCAGUUUGAUCAGCGUGACCGUUUGAGGUCAUUUCUAGUAAAUUAAAAACACUUUAAGUAAAAAAGAUCCUCUACAUUAAUUGUAAUUUCAACUUCUAGGGGGGG